AUGCCCAUCUCAGAGAGGGAGCCUAUCAGGAAGGCAGCAGCGUCAGUGCAGACAGCCCACUGUGGACCCUGUAAGAGACAGAGCAGGGGCCGUGGGAGGCCAGCCUUCAGCAGCGACAGCCUUUGUCUUCAGCGAACGCAGCUUUGCUUCGGUUGGGGCACGAACUUCAACCCUCUUCAUGUAAACAGAGGAGGCCAGACACAAGGAUCACAGCACAGAGGUGAGCCCAGAGCAGAGGGCAUAGGACACUACGCUGCCCGGUGGGUCCAAACGGCCUCAGGGAAGCUUCUUGAGGCUUGGGCGCACAGCAUUCUCCAGGACCAGCGCCUGUUGGCUGGUGUGGGAACGCAGAAGACAGGGAGGGAGAUGUGCCACCAGCAGAUGCCGCCGGGCCACAGAGAUGAGAACACUGAGAUGUACGAGGCUACAGAAAGUGACCACAGACAGCUAGCAGAUGCAGCUGGAAUUCAACCCACACACAUCAAUCCAGCCUCCAGAACUUUGAGAAACAAACUACAUAAGCCACUCAGUCGAUGGUACUCGUCACAGCAGCCCAAACGGAGUACGACAGCCUCUGCAAGUCAGCCCACCUUCCAGCACCCCCGAGGAGGGACACCCUGCAGGACAUCCACUUCACCCUUUGCUGACUACCCGUGUGACAGGCUGGCAACAGAGAUGUGAUGCCUGCAAGGAUUUCUCCUGUGGGAAUAACUCUGAGCAAGGAAACCAAAAAGGGCCUCUUGGGCUUCCCUGGUGGCGCAGUGGUUGAGAGUCCGCCUGCCGAUGCAGGGUACGCGGGUUCGUGCCCCGGUCCGGGAAGAUCCCACAUGCCGCGGAGCGGCUGGGCCCGUGAGCCGUGGCCGCUGAGCCUGCGCGCGUCCGGAGCCUGUGCUCCGCAACGGGAGAGGCCACAACAGUGAGAGGCCUGCGUACCGCAAGAAAAAAAAAAAAAAAAAAAAAAAGGGCCUCUCAUCAUUUAAACCCCGAAAGUUCACAUCAGAGAAUUUUUUCUGAAUAGUCAGUAUAUUUUCAUCUUUGUGCUUUCCUGUUUUCACAAGAUUUGUACAAUGAGCAUGUUACUUUUAUAACUGGGAAAAAGGGACUUCCCUGGUGGUGCAGUGGUUAACAAUCUACCUGCCAAUGCAGGGGACGUGGGUUCAAGCCCUGGUCCAGGAAGAUCCCACAUGCCGUGGAGCAACUAAGCCCACGAGCCACAACCACUGAAGCCCGCGGGCCUAGAGCCCAUGCUCCGCAAGAGAAGCCACCGCCAUGAGAAGCCCACGCACCGCAACGAAGAGUAGCCCCUGCUCGCCGAAACUACAGAAAGCCCACGCGCAGCAACCAAGACCCAAUGCAGUUAAAAAUAAAUAAAUAAAUAAAUUUAUAAU